AUGUCGAGUGGAUCUAGCAGUCGAACCACAACUCCUCAGCCUCUUAUGUGUUUCCAUGAUUUGGAAGCGAAAAUGCAAACCUCGAACACGGAUAAAAAUCCAGCUUGGAGCCAGGCCCUGCAGCCACUCGCUCGCGUCAAAAUUCGGGUCCCCAAAAAAUCCGUUACCGUCGUCGGGCCCACAGCACCAAUCGGGCAAGCUGACGUGGUUAUCGAGCACCACCAUCAGAUUAUUCUUCCCGAGCUCGUUCACCACGGCCCGGUGGAGCUCCACCACCUUCAGGCCCAUGGCCCACGGGUUGUUAGCCGCGAGGCCCGCUUUUGCGGCCGUCAGGCAUAUGUGGCCCACGUGAACCGGACGCAGUUGAACCCGUUUCCGGCUAUCUGCCUGGCUAUUUGGGCCAGGGGCUUCUUCUCGAGCCCCUCAGCUAUCAUGGGCUGCAAGUGCGAGACCCAAUUGGCGCACGCGAACUUUACCCGAUCCCCAGUGGCCCGGUCCACUAUCCAUCGGGAGCUAGUGAAGAGAGGGGCAGAAUUGGAAAAUGAAAAUAUUUCGAGAAAAAUAACGAGGAUAAUAGCUUCAGCUGUUAUGCCUCCCAUUUUCUUCUCCAUUUUUUUUUGG